AUGCAACGGACAAACAAGACACAAGUAACUGUAUUUAUCCUAAUAGGUUUUCCUGGAAGCCUUCGACUGCAGUUAACACUGUUUACCAUUUUCCUGAUUGUGUAUGCAUUGACAUUAAUAGAGAAUGUGAUAAUAAUAACACUAAUCCGGGUGAAUGUCAACCUUCAUAAACCUAUGUACCUCUUCCUGAGUAAUCUUUCUUUCCUCGAGAUCUGGUAUGUCUCUGUCACUGUUCCUAAGAUGCUUGUAGGGUUUGUGUCAGAGAAGAAGGAUAUUUCUUUCCCUGGUUGCAUGGCCCAGCUCUACUUCUUCCUGGGUCUCGCAUGUACAGAGUGCGUCCUUCUAGCUGUUAUGGCCUAUGACCGCUAUGUAGCUAUAUGCAACCCACUGCGUUAUCCAGCUAUAAUGAGUCAAGAGCUCUGUAUCCGCUUAGCAGCUGGUUCAUGGCUGAGCGGCUUCUUCAUAGCCAUGGGGAAAGUCUUCUUCAUCUCACGCUUGAGCUACUGUGGACCCAACACUGUCAACCACUUCUUCUGUGAUGUCUCCCCACUUCUCAACCUGGCCUGUACCGACAUGUCAUUGGCAGAACUCAUUGACUUCCUGCUGGCCUUACUCAUCCUCCUUGGCCCACUCUCCAUGACAAUUGUGUCCUACUUCUGCAUCAUAUCCACCAUUCUCCACAUCCCUUCAACCAAAGGGAAGCAAAAAGCAUUUUCCACCUGUACCUCACACCUUCUAGUAGUCACCAUUUUCUAUUCUGCCUCCUUAUUCAUUUAUGCCCGGCCAAAGGCCCUCACAACAUUUGAUUCCAACAAGCUAGUGUCUGUUGUCUACACUGUCUUAACACCACUGCUAAAUCCAAUCAUCUACUGCUUAAGGAACCAGGAGUUCAAGGAGGCUCUCAAAAAAGCAACACAGAGACUUUCUUCUGGGCACAAAGGGUAG